GAAAAGGAUAACAGAGCUCAACGUAAACUGACUACAAGUGAAGAUAGUAAUACACAUAACGUUUUGUAAUCAGUCGCUUGAGAGGCACUGCCAGUGAGCAGUCCCCGUGCGUCUGUUACUGAGAAAAAAUAAAAACAACAAAAAUAAACGUGUUGCCCAAAAAUUAACUUUACAACAGAAAAAAUAAAGUUAAAAUUGACAAAAUGUCGAAAGUGCUUCUAAGUAAGGAGUUGCCUGAUAUUGAGAACCUGCUAAGGCUCAAUCCGACUACGAAGCCCUACACCAACCUGGUGCCUUCGGCCCAAACCAAGAAGAAUAAGCAACAUUGGAAGAGAAACGAAGACCGAAAAUGUACAACUUGUCCAUCGUUGACGAAGAAUUUCGACGACAUCAAACAUACGACGCUGUCCGAACGUGGUGCGUUGAAGGAGGCCGCACGAUGCCUCAAGUGCGCAGACGCACCCUGUCAAAAAUCCUGCCCGACGCAGAUUGACGUCAAGAGUUUUAUCAGCAGCAUUGCUACUAAGAAUUACUAUGGAGCAGCUAAAGCGAUCCUGUCUGACAAUCCAUUGGGUUUGACUUGUGGUAUGGUGUGUCCCACUAGCGACCUCUGUGUAGGCGGAUGCAACCUCCACGCUACUGAAGAAGGCGCCAUCAACAUCGGUGGACUGCAGCAUUUUGCUGUUGAUGUGUUCAUGAAGAUGGGUAUCCCUCAAACUUUGGAUCCUAAAACCAAGCCGCUUCCCAAAGGUGGGGACCAGAAGAUUGCCCUAGUUGGCGGCGGUCCCGCCAGUAUUAGCUGCGCUUGUUUCUUGGCCAGGCUUGGAUAUAAAAACAUUACUGUUUAUGAGAAGGAAAAGUAUUUGGGGGGUUUGAGUUCAUCAGAAAUUCCGCAGUACCGUCUUCCAUAUGACGUGGUGCAGUUCGAGGUGGACCUCGUCAAGAAUUUGGGAGUCAAGUUCGAAACUGGAAGGAAACUGUCCACCCAGGAUAUUACUGUCAAUGGUCUUCUAAACGACGGUCACGCAGCUGUUUUCUUAGGAAUCGGUCUCCCAGAGCCAAAAAGCAUUCCAAUUUUCAAAGGGUUAAACCAGGAGAUGGGUUUCUACACCAGCAAGGAUUUUUUACCCCUCGUCUCGAAGGGAAGCAAGAGAGGUCUAUGCGCGUGCAAGUCUCCGCUACCAUCAUUACACGGCAGCGUGAUAGUACUGGGAGCUGGUGACACGGCCUUUGACUGCGCAACGUCAGCAUUACGCUGUGGCGCGAGGAAAGUCUACGUCGUCUUCAGAAAAGGAGUCACCAAUAUAAGAGCUGUGCCUGAAGAGGUUGACCUUGCAAAAGAGGAGAAAUGCGAGUUUGUUCCAUUCAUGUCGCCGAGAGAAGUUAUCGUGAAGAAUGGAAAGAUUGCAGCCUUAAAGAUGUGUCGCACUGAACAGUUGGAUGAUGGAGAAUGGAUAGAGGAUGAGGAUCAGGUCAUGCAACUCAAAGCUAACUUCAUCAUCUCUGCUUUUGGUUCCGGACUUUAUGAGGCUGAUGUAAAAGACGCGAUGCAAGGAGUUACCCUGAACCGUUGGGGAUUACCAGAAGUGGAUGAGAACACUAUGCAGAGUAGGAGCAACCCGAAGGUGUUCGUUGGCGGAGACCUGGCCGGCGUCGCGGAGACCACGGUCGAGUCUGUCAAUGAUGGCAAAACUGCGGCCUGGUACAUGCAUUGCUAUCUGCAGGGCCUCCCCUUCACUUCACCAAUAGAGCUACCCAAGUUCCACUGCCCCAUAGAUGACGUGGAUCUGUCAGUGGAAGUAUGCGGUAUCAAGUUCGAGAACCCGUUCGGUUUAGCCAGUGCGCCUCCCACUACUAGCACUGCUAUGAUACGGAGGGCUUUUGAGCAAGGCUGGGGCUUCGCUGUCACCAAGACUUUUGGAUUAGAUAAGGACCUAGUAACGAACGUAUCCCCGCGCAUAGUUCGCGGCGUGACGUCAGGCGAGCAGUACGGGCCGGGACAGGGCGCGUUCCUCAACAUCGAGCUCAUCUCCGAGAAGUGCGCCGCCUACUGGUGCCAGAGCAUCACUGAGCUCAAACGAGACUUCCCGAAUAAAGUGGUUAUAGCGUCAAUAAUGUGUUCGUACAACGAGGCUGACUGGACGGAGCUCGCUCAGAUGGCGGAGAAGUCCGGGGCUGAUGCACUGGAACUCAACCUGUCCUGUCCUCACGGGAUGGGGGAGUCCGGCAUGGGACUUGCUUGUGGACAGGAUCCUGUGUUAGUGAAGGGAAUAUCUCAAUGGGUGAGGAAAGCCAUCAAGAUCCCGUUCUUCGUGAAACUGACGCCAAACAUCACUGACAUCGUCAGUAUCGCUACAGCUGCUUACGAAGGUGGAGCGAGCGGUGUAUCAGCAAUUAACACAGUGUCUGGUCUAAUGUCUGUUAGGCCUGAUGCCACUCCAUGGCCAGCAGUUGGUGUGGAGAAGCACACGACGUAUGGCGGUGUUUCGGGUAACGCGACGCGGCCGAUGGGGCUGCGCGCCGUGUCGGCCAUCGCCAACAAGUUGCAAGGGUUCCCCAUCCUGGGCAUCGGGGGCAUCGACUCCGCAGACUCCGCGCUACAGUUCAUCAUGUGCGGGGCCCCCGUUGUACAGAUUUGCAGUGCCGUUCAGAACCAGGACUUCACAGUAGUGGAAGACUACAUAACUGGUCUGAAAGCAUUGCUUUACUUGAGGUCUAAAGGCCUAGACGGAUGGAUGGGCCAAUCACCGCCCACCUUCAAACACCAGAAGGGCAAACCCGUUCAAACGCUCUACGAUGAAAAUGGCAAGGUUCUAGCCCAUUUCGGGCCUUAUAGCAAAAAGCGAGAAGAAUUACUCCAUGAAGCAAGGCUAAAAGCUGACCUACUGGGUGACAAUAAGGUUCAAAGUUACGUGGCAAAUGGUGCAGCUAACGGUCAUGAGGAAGAGAAUGCAAAUGUUCCUAGAAUUAAGGAUGUAUUGGGCGAAGCGUUGCCCAGGGUUGGGACUUAUAAACAUUUGGAUAAUACCAAGCAAGUCGUCGCACUUAUUGAUGAUGACAUGUGUAUAAACUGUGGUAAAUGCUACAUGGCUUGCGCAGACUCCGGGUACCAAGCAAUUGACUUCGAUCCUGAAACCCAUAUACCGCAUGUGACAGACGACUGCACUGGUUGCACCCUCUGUCUGUCAGUAUGUCCCAUCAUCGAUUGUAUAUCGAUGGUACCAAAAACAAUUCCUCACGUCAUCAAGAGGGGUAUCCGCUACGAUAUCCAUCCAGUUUCACCCUUAGACGGUGUUUGCCAAUAAUAAACAAUACAAUUUAUAUAAAAAUGUAUAUUUAUGUAAUAAAAUAAAAUAAUACAAAAAUAUUAAUCUCCAUUAAUAACUUUAUCGUAAAUACUAUCCGCAUUACUUCUAGAAUAUUCCCAAGAGUACACCCAACUAUUGUCAGGAUUUACUUUUAAAGUUAAAGCUGACAGCGGCUUAGGACAAUCGUAGUGACUUUUAUUAACAAUAUGUACUCCUAUUUGACCAUUAAUUUUAUCAUGCAACCUCUCACAAAUUAAACAUUCUAAUUUAUCUAUAUUUUUCACACCAUCGUACUGAUAAGGUCUAUAGCUAUGCUCAUCCAAUAAUCUCUGGUUUGUAAUCAACUGUUUUGUCUUAUGUUCUAAAUAUUCGUCGUACAACCUAUCAUUAUGCAUUAAUACCUGAAUGUGUUCAAACAAUCUCUUUGGUGUGGGGUAAUCUUCUAGUAAUAUCGCAGACUUAUUGUUUGGUAACCAAUCUCUGAUAGUAGGGGAACCAAAGUAUAUGGGUACGGAACCUACUUUGAUGGCACGCCAAAACUUUUCCGUUAUGUAAUCGUUGCAAGCGCCAUUCUCUAUCGCUAUGACAAAUUUGUACCUCGCAAUGAACGCCAAAAACUCGUCUUCGUUCAGAUUAUUCAAGUAGUCAUCCUUGAAUUUUGAUGGCAAUUCUUUAUUAUUCAAGCAGACACCAUAAGAAUCGAUUUUUAUGAACUUCAUUAGUUCCUUUACAUAUGCAUCUCUCUCGGUAGAUGUUUCACAGUCACUUUGCAGGUACAUAAUAGGAGCAAUUUCAUUCAGUAAUUCAUUUUUCUUGCUUGUCUCUAUAAAGUGCUUCUUGCUUCUUAUAUCUUCAAAUGCCUCUAUAUGUUGCAAUGGAUAAGGGACAUCACUGAAUCUACUAAAUGUCGCAGAAAAAUUAAAUAAACUCAACGCCUUUUCAUGUAAUAAUUCCUCCACAUUUCUUGGGGAUUCCUCAUGAAAUAGUCCCCAGAUUAUAUCUUUAGGCUGUCUUGGUAAAGGAAGAUUUUUAAAAUCCAAUGUGCUUGCAUAGAACAAGUAUGCUCCUACAUUGUUAUAUUUCUGCACACCCUUGUCACUUUUGCCAUAAAUGUGACAUUUUACACCAUUUGAGCAAUAUUUUAUGCUUGAAAUGCCAUGAAAGUCCAUGUUCCACCAAACUAUUACAGGAUACUUGGAAUCUAUUAUAGUUUCACUUAUAUCAUUUACAUCACUGAAUGUCCAAAAGGUAACAAGAAGUGACACUGUAAAAACACACACAAUCCACAAUAACACACGCAGCCGCACUCUCAUAAUUUUCCUCAAUAAAAUUCGUAACAUUUGUAUUGUACGAAAUAAUAGUCCAUGUGCAGUGUUUACUCUUUUCCACACUAUAUCAUUAUGGCACAAUGGCUACCACUUUUUAUCAUUAUUUGUCGUACACCCACACAUUUGUGUAAACUACAGGAUAUAGCUUGCCAACAUUAUCAGUACUUGUAGUCCUAUCCAUAAUAUUAAAAUAAUACAAUAGAAAAGAUAACAAAAAAUUUAAUUUACAAUCAAAAAGUCAAGCCUCUCUCUUUACGUAUGUAGAAUAAAUCCAAUGAAAAUGCUAUUAUUAGAUCUGCAUAAAACAAUCCAUAUAAAGCUCCUAUCAGUUUACCCAUAAUAAAUAGAUUUAUGAGUGCUAUUAUGGUUAGAAAUAGCUCAAUGACGACGUAAUAAAGCUCUGCCUCAUAUUGUACUUGGUCCACAAUAUAUAGCACCAUUAAGAGUGUGGAGCAAAUGACAGUGGGCCCCGCCACCAAGCAAUGUAACAGGUCCAGAGGCUCCACAACGUGAGGCAGUAUAUUGAGGAGCAGUGCCACUACCUAAAAGUAAGAGACGG